UGCAGACGGCAGGUUGUUAUGUGUUUGAUAUACCUGUGGUGACAUUAUUCGUAGUGAAUUCGUUCCUUUGUCAUGAAUUGUGUGCCCAUUGACUGAAUCAGACUGUUCAAAAUGGGAGGCUGGAGACUCGAGAUAUUUAAGAUGGCCCUCUACAUGUCUUUUCCUGUUGGAAUGUUUUAUUACUUUAAUCAGCCAGAGUUUUUUGAGAAUUGGAUGAUGUCAAAACGGAAAGAGUUGUUUCCUCCAGAGGAUGAAAAUGCUAGACUAGCCAUUGCCAAAACCAUUGACAGGGUGGAAAGAAGACAGGAAAGACUAUGGCAAAAGAAAAUGCAACAGUCUGAAAGCUGAUAGCUACAAACGUGUGUAAUUUGAUAGGUUUAUGUAUCUAGGGUGUGUGAUAUGCCUCAAAUCAACUGGAUGCUUUAGCUGAGCGCGAUCGGUGAUACAUCUAACAGAUCCUCAUGUGUGUGAACUAUGUGCCUGUACGUAUGCUGUGUAAUAGUUAUAUGGUGUCACAUAAUCAUUACAGAUCGUAGUCGUCCUGGGGUUGAACUCCAAGAAAGUUGUUAUCUGUAAUGAUCGUAUGACAUGCUUUACAUGUGUAACUUGUUUAUCACUCGACCUGUUGCGUACGUUCACUCAAUGUUCAAGAGAAUGUAUCUUUUCCUCUGGGUAGAAGUAUGUUUGUCCGCAUCUAAUGAGCUACGUGUAUCCAAUUAAUUAGGUCAUUACCUCUGUGAGGGCAUCAGGAUGGUUUCCACUGAUAGUGGAAUGAAAAGUAACUUCAUCAAGAGAAGGGGUUUGGCACAUUUUUCAUGUGAGAAUGAACCAAAGCAAAGGCUGCCAGCUUUGUUCCUGGGUCCAGAUAGGGAGGCAUUAGCUUUUCAAGUGUUUCAAAGGGAAAGAUGUUGGUAAAAGUAGCAAGGUGUCGAAUUAUCGGCAAAGAAAUUACAUUAAUCAUUUAUAAAUUUACAGACGGAUAAUCAGUCUGAAGAAGUUGUAUUUAUCAGCUAUAAAUCUACCGACUGAAAUUCAUCGUCAGUCUGCCUUUCUAUUUGUUUCAUCUACAUUUAAUCCGAAGAAUUAAAUAUGGCUUUCAUUUGAUUUGGUCUAAAAUGUUAAAUAGCCUAAAACUUUAAUGCAUCAAGUUGAUCUUCUAAGGGGCUUCCGUUGCCCAAAGUUGUUAGCGUGCUAUAGUUGAGUACAAUGACCCAGGAAUGUCUAACCAAAACAAAAGCUGUCAGCACAUUUUUCAGUGUUUUAGCCCAAUUAAAUAUAUAGGAAGUAAAUUAUGCACUGUUCCCUAUUGUAUUUGUCAUAUACAUUGCCACCCCCGUUCAUCUAUAAUGGAUGGAAUGCAGUUAUAUAGAAAAUUUUCACACUUUUUCUAGCCCCUAUCAUGCCUCAUUCAUGUGAUAAAUAUGCUGUGUAGCUGUAUUAGUCCGUAGCUGCGAGAAGUCUCAGCAUCUACUGUGACUUUCUUUUAUUCUUUGCAAGGAUAUAUGCUAUCAAUACAAGUUACAUGUACAUGGGGGCCUUCGUGGCCGAGGUGGUUAGCGUGCCAUCACGGCGCAGUGACCCAGGUGCCUCUGACCAAUGCGGUCGCUGUGAGUGCAAGUCCAGCUCUUGCUGGCUUCCUCUCCGACCGUAAGUUGGGAGGCCUGCUAGCGACAUGCGGAUGGUCGUGCCUCCCACCAUAAUGCUGGCAGCUGUUGUAUAAGUGAAAUGUUCUUGACUAUGGCGUAAAACACCAUUCAAAUAAAUAAAUACAUGUACAUGUAGAUCAUUAUAGGUGACAGGACAUACUCUCUGAAUAUGCCUAACUUGCAGUCUGUAAACAGAUGAAAUUGUUAAAGAUACAACGUAAAAUUUUGAUGGAUAAUAAAACGGUAAAAUACAUGAAACCAGAUGUAUG